AGAAGAAAAAGAAACUACAUUUCCGUUGGAGGUCCUAUUGCUCUCUGGAAAAUAGCUAAAAGUUUACAACCUUUGAUUGCUUUUCAUCCGCGUUUAAAAGAGCAUCCGCAAACCUCGAUCGAGUUCGCGUGAUUUAAAGGAAUUUGUGUCAUUUGCACGACCGCCGCUCACCUAAUUUGCCUUUAAAAUGAGGAAGAAGGGCUCCUUGAAGAGGCGCCAUGUGGUAGCAUGGAUCAACAAAGCUGAGUGGGAUCAAGUACGGGAAUAUCUGUACUCCAAAGAUUCCGCCUUACAGAGGAAUGCUCUUCAUAGGAUAUCGGCGUGGAAAGCCAGGUAUGCCAACAGCACUCCUGUGGCAAUGGACUGCACCGCCGACCUGGUGAGGUGCCAGGUGCUGGAUCGGUCCGGGAAGCUGGACUCUCAUGACCUGGUUCUGCUUUAUGGCGCAGCCUUGGUCAGGUUUACUAACUUGAUCACUGAACGCCAGCAAGGCAAAAUUGCCCGCCCGUUGAGGACACUUGCUGGAAACUUGAACAUCCCAGAAUGGAUCAUUAAUUUGCGGCAUGACGUCACUCACCGUAAAAUGCCUGCCUUGAAAUUGUGCAGAAAGGGAUGCGAGGUGGUUCUGGAGUGGCUCCAGCAGGAGUAUUGGUCCAGACAGUUGGGAGGAGGUCCGAGUGAGGACUGGGAGUCAGAUGCAGAGGAUGAGGAGGUAGACCUGAAGAAACAAGAAGAGGAGCUCAUUGCAAGGCAAAAAGAAAUGGAAGCAUACAAGAACGGAAGGGACCUUCUGAUAUCGUUUGAAAAGGAGCAGUACCUCGUUUAUGGGGCGCUACAUGAGGACAAUGAUGAGAACUCAUGUCAGGACCCUUUGGCUGAUAUCAGCUGGAUACUAGGUGAGAUUAAGCAGUUUUCUGUGGAGUGGACUGAUUUGCUGAUUGAUGUCCUCCUAGAAGAUGGCUUCCUAAUUCCAACAGCUCAACAACUGUCAUCAUUAGGCUGUGACACAUCUGACAGUGUUUACCUCUCUCUCAUCGAGCCUAAACUCCCUCGAAGUUUCCUGCUUUUUUGGCUUCCCCUCCUGAAGGUACUUAAUGCCCCAUCUUUUAUUCAUCUCUUUCUGGAGAAACUCUUUGCUGAAUUGAAGCUGAUCUCCGUGGAGCAGUGUAAACACAGGCUGUACUACAUUUCUGCCUGGAUUUCAGAAGUCAUGCUCUGCAACAGUACCAAAUGUGACUACCACUAUGAAACAAAAGCACAGAAGAAAGCCAGAAUGAAGGACAGGAUAUUUUCCAAUCGCAUCCAGUUAAGGUGGCAGCAGCUGCUUUCGGCCUGUUUGGAUGCUCCGUGUGUCAGCACGCGCCACCUGCUCUACUUAAUCCUGGAGGACAUGGAGCAUCCACUUCCUCUGGAAACCCAACAAAGCCUGCUGCAGCUGUGCACCAUCUACACCCAGGAAAAACGCUCUGAAUUGGACCCAGAGCAGAAACUACAGCCUAUUUACACACUGGAGAGUUUACAUGAGAAGCUGCAGCGUUUCAAGCGUCACAGCCAUUCAUCUGCGCUUGAAUCCGAGAGGAGCAACUCCUCCUCCUCACAGGAGAACAAAUUGUCAGGUGCUGAUGCUGAGAAGGCUAAAAUACUCCGAGGUUCCUCUUGGCAGGUGUGCUCUGAUAAAGUUAUGUGGAAGAAUUACCCCCUUGGCAGAGUCCCCGGCCAGUCAGAUGACCCAUCAUGUCUCCUGGUGGACAGUUACACACCCAUGAGUGUGUUCGACCAGCCAGUGGAGAUGGAGAGCAGCACACAGCACAAGGUGUCUGGACCCUCUGCUUCCACAAAGACAGCAGAAGGCCUUCUUUGGAGUCACAGUGACUUCAACAAGCUCAAGUGUGGACUGCAGCUUUUUUGAGUCUCACUGAAAUGUAAAAUAUAUGAGCUUGUUGUUGAAUGCACAUUGUUUUGUGGACAAGACAUUAGCAUUAUUCUUGUCUCUUUUAUAGAAUCAGCAUUUGUUAACAUGUAACAUAAUCCAUCACAUUUUACUGGAGAAUAAGUAUGAACGUGAAGUCAGAAAAGAAUGAAAAUCUGACAGUUGCUUGAAAACUGACAGAAGCAACUAUGCCAUCUAACAAAGAAUGCAGAUUUUCACUUUAACAAUGACUAAAACUAAGAUACACAUUUCAUUAAAUGCACUUUUUGCAAUGACAAAAUGACACGGCAGUGUCUGAUAACAUUUGCUGUUACACUGUUAUGCUCAAUAAAAUUCUGA